AUGAAUGAUUAUGAGAAGAAGGAUUAAUCAUAAGAGUUGAUUACUAAUAAAUAAAAAUCUUGGCAUAAUACUAAUGUUAGAUGGAUAGCAUUGAUAUUAGCAUGUCUAUUUUAAUUUGGAAGUUAUUUUAGCACAGAUUAUCCUUCUGUUUUAGCUGAAGAAAUUAAAGAUAGCUUUGACAAAAAAUAAUCAGAUGUGAAUCUCCUCUAUACUUAUUACUCAUUACCUAAUGUUAUUUUACCUCUAUUAGGUGGAUUAUUUAUUGAUGCAAUGGGAAUCAGACUUGCUAUGGUUGGUUUCUUUGCUAUCUUAAUAGUGGGUUAAUGUAUAUAAUUAUCUUAAUUUUAAUAAGUUCUUUGUUAUAUUUCAGCAGUAACUGGUAAUUUUACAACAAUGUUAAUUGGUCGAUUAGUAUUUGGAUUAGGCGGUGAAAAUUGUGUUGUUGCUUAAUCUUAUAUUGUAAGUAAAUGGUUUUUCGGGAGUGAAUUAGCAUUUGCUUUGGGGUAAGUAGAGUAUAAUUAUAUAUUAGUUUGAAUAUUACAUUUGCAAGACUUGGUUCAGUCUUAGGCGCAAUUUUAUUAGGAAAAACAUAUAUUUGGUUUGGAAAUAGUUUGUCUGCUUCUAUGUUUUUUUGUUUAGCUCUUUUAAUCUUAGCUUGGGUAGAUGCUAUUGUUCUAGCUUUAUUAGAUAAAUAUUCUGAUAAGAGAGAUAAUGUAGAAGCUAAAAUUGAAGGUGAUAAAAUAACAUUAAGUGAUAUCAAAGAGUUUAAGUUAGAUUUUCAUCUUCUUACUCUCAGUUGUCUCACAUGUUAUUCUGCAUUCUUUUUAUUUUAAUACAAUAAUGUUGAAAUGUUUAAACUCAUGUAAAUUUAUUAUCUUAUUUUAGAUAUCAUAUGAGUCCAAGUUAAGCAAGUAAUGUUUAUAGUAUACCAUAUUAUUCAGCUGCACUCUUAACUCCUGUAUUUGGUUUUGUAAUUGAUAAAUUUGGUAGAAGAACUCAUUUAUUAGUUUUAUGUGGUGGCUUAUUAGUAUUAGUGAAUGCUAUGUUUAUAACUAUCACUUGUGAUACAUCUGAUACUUGUCUUACUGGACCAAUAUUAGGAUAAAUUUUAAAUGGAAUCUAUUACUCUCUAUAUGCUGCAGUUAUGUGGCCUUGUGUUCCUUUAUGUGUACCAGAAAGAGCUGUUGGAACAGCAUUUGGAGUUGUUAAUGCUGUCUAAAAUAUUGGAUUAACUGUCUUCCCAAUUAUAGUAGGUCAUUUAAUUUCAGAUGAAACUCCAACAGCUUAUAGACAUAUGUUAUUAUUUUUAGGUAGUACAGCUAUAAUUGGGUUAAUUAGUAAUAUUGGAUUAUGGUUUGUUGAUAAAUAAAAUGGAGGUAAAAUGGCCAAACCUAGUCUCAAAGAUAAUACUGAAGUUUAAGAUUUAAGUAUAUAAUAGUAAAUAGAUUAUUCAAUUUCUGAACCUAAAAUAGAAUGA